AUGAAGAGCUUUUCCAGCUCCAGAUAUUGCGGUACAAAAAUAUUUUCUCCAAAGGGCGGAGGGUGGGGGAAGAGGAAACCCUACUUUGAAAGGAGAGAUAGGACAGGCCGAGGAGGGCUAAUGAACUACAAUCAAGACAGCAGCCAUGGAGCUACUUCAAAGCCUCCGUCAGUCAGCUGUCUCUCCACUAAUAGCGUCUCCUGUCUCUACCACCAAGGAUUCCGCUCUAGUUCACAAGGCCAGGUCAACUCAGCAGUGGCUGCAAAAGAACAUUCCAGAGUUCAUUUCUACCUCGGAUUGACCCCAAGGAAACACUGAUCUCAACCCACUAGAUUAUCGGCUUUGGUCCGAACUGGAGAGGAUGGCAUGCCGCAGUGCACACCCUGUCUUGGAAAGCCUCAAACAAUCUCUGGUCCGAGGAGUUGAGCUCUUUCCUCAAGAAGUGCUGCGUGCUGCAAUUGAUUAACUGCCUGUGUCAAGACAAAAGGAGCACAUUGUGAGUAAUUUUUUUUUUUUUACUCUAUAGAUAUACAUUUUAUUUUCUAAUAAAUGUAUGUAAAAGUUUUUGGAAAAAUGAUUUUUCUGCUGAAAUUUGUAUAUAUUUCCUUGUAACAAUAUUUA